AUGAUUCACGGCAUGUUCAUGGUAAGCGCGUGCGGGGCUCUUGUUUACCAGGAAAUCAACAGAACACAUUUCAGCGCAAUUGAGGUCGACAAGCUCAUAGCCAUGGCAAGCACAGUUUACACCGCUAUGGAGAUACUCACCGACAUAAACGUGUGCACGCGGAGGGGAAAGUAUGCGAGAAUGUCGGCGGAGUACGAACUCUUCACACUGACCGCACUAAAAACGCAAACUGGCCUGAUAUUCGGGAUUAUCCACGACAAAGAAGAUGCAAUUGCCCGAGUCGUGGAGUAUGCGGACCAGACCCAUCGGGCGUACAUUGACAGGAUUCUGUACAGCCCGGAGUACUACGUAGACGAAAGAAUUAGUAAAAAAUUUACAGCCCAGAAAAAAUAA